UUGGUAAUGAACUAGUAAACGAUGUGAAAAGAACCAAAAUCGUCGUUCCCAAUUCCUUUGAAGAACAUCAUCUGCUACUGCUAUGGAUGAUGAUGAUGAUGAUGGUUCAGUGUUCUUCAGGAAUGAUUGUGCUUCGAUACUUUCACAGAUUAAGGAUCAAGAUGAGCAGAUUCGUCUCAAAAGAAGGUGGCUGUUGGGUUGUGAUAUUUCUGAAUCCAAGGACCAUACUCCGGGAAAGACUGAUUUCGUCCCUGAAUCUUUGCUCAGGGGAGAUGAUAUAUUCUACGAGACCAUUAAGUCGCGAGUAGAGGAAGCAUUUGGAAUUUGCAAGAGUGAACAAGUAUGCAAUGAUGUUCAACAAAAGGAGUUAAAGUUCAGCAGUCUCGAAGUUGCCAGAAAGCUUGAUUUUAUGACGAAUAAAGGUCUUUAUCUUAUCGCAAAGAUAGUCACAGGAGGUUCUACUGUUUUUGACAAGACUCGAUGGAAAAUGAAAGAGAUUAUCAAAGAUUCGAUCAGUAGAGAUUUCGGAAAGGGAAAAGACGAGACUGGUAAAGAAGACAUUGUUAAUCAGCUGCAUCAAGUUCUUAGUGAUCCCGCAAAUUUCCGGGUAGAUUGCAAGAUGAAUUUGGCGAGAACAUCUAUCUUGCAGUCCCAUCUUGAUGCUGCAAUGAAGGUACUUAAUGAGCUAGAUAGUUUGUCAACGCAGACCCUCCGUGCCAUGAAAAGGAAACUUAAAGGUUCAAGAAUGAUACCUCAACUGAAAACCAGUAGAUUUGGUCAGAGUCGAAGUGAUCUGAUAAGCCAGGUGAAGCAAAUUAUCGAGAAGAUGCUCUCAGAACUUUCUGCAAGGGAGAAACUGCAGGAGCGAUUGGCUAAAGCGUUGUCAUUAGUAGAUUUAUCACUUAAGCUAAGUCCUGGCUACAAAACUACUGCUGCCACAGAUUUUUUUCGGUUCUCACCAGAAACAAAGAACCUGCAGAACGAGAUAGUGAAGGCAGUCUGGUUACUCCGUAAGGUCAGGUUUCCUGAGCUGAAAAGAUUGCAUCUUUGUUUAGACCCAGAAGCUGAAGUAUCUAAUGACAGCUUAAGAUCAGCGGUCAGAAAAAUGUUGAUUGAGUAUCUGUUUGAGUGCAGUGAUAUGGACACUAUUCCAAAGUCUUUGAUGGAAGCUCUUUCAGUGGUCAACAGGAGGACACGGAAUGUAGAGCACAAGGUUUUUCCAAGGGAAGCAAUUGAGGAAGAGACAGAGUGUGUAUUAAAUGUGAGUGCUCAAGUGAAACAAAUAUUUUGCCAAUGUAUUCCAAAUUAUGAGCUUGAUGAGGACUUUGAUGAUGCUUAUAUGGAGGAGUUAGAAGACAGUGAUGAUGAUGAUGAUGAUGAUGAUGUUGAGAGUUGUAGUUUAUUUGAUAACGAGAGUAGAUGCCGAAACAUAAAGCUUGAAGUCAAAGGCACUCAAGACGAUGCAAUGGGGUCCUCUGAUUCGGAUCAUGAAGAAAGUGGUGCAGAAUGCUUGGUUUUGGACCCGACUGAUUCUACACACGCAACCAACCAGCAUUGUUACAGCUCUUCUGUCAAUAGGAUUGUUAUAAGAGACCUGACAGAGAGUAUUACUAGAGAUCAUCCUAGGUCUCUUUAUGUCACUCCCACAUCCAAUAAAUCAACACGUAUGAGUGAUAAACAUGACAUAGGUACGAGCAAUAUCCGAGUUAAGGUUGAGAGGGAUAUUGAGAUGGAAGGAGAUAACCAGUUCAGCUCUCGGUCUUUGUUUUCUGUUGAAAAUAUAAAGUCUGAUGAUCAUGGUGAGCAGAAGCCACGCAGAAGAAACAAAAACCAGUACCUAGCAGUCCAAGAUAUAUCUGAUGAGACAAGCUUGGUUGCACAUAACCUGAUCGGCUGCUUACUAGAGAAAUUUGCAUACCGUCAAGGUCUAGACUUAGAAGCGGAUGAACGUUCAUAUCUUGGAGGCGAGUCGAGGCUUCAAGAAGAUAUAGAAGUGAGUGAAGAAAAGAAAGCUUCAUCGCAAGAGAAGUCAGAUGAGUCGAUCAUUGUUUCUGUUGUCAAAGAGCUAAUGCCAUCCCUUGAAGAGAGUGUCUUCAUGAAAUUAAAAGAGUUGAUGAAUAUGAGCUAGCAUCAGUCUUUCCAACCAAAGUGAAGUAGCAAUGGAAUGGAAAGAGAAACAACAGAGCAUAUUGAGAUGAACACAACAAAGAACACGAUUUUGCAUCGCAUUGUAUGGAUUUGUACUUGACUCUGAAACCCCUGGCUAAUGUAAGAACUUAUGCUAUUCUCCUUUUUCUUUCAUAUGAAAGAUGAUAUUUGCCCUA